AUGUUUUCUCUUCACGUCAACAGUGAAAUUCUCGAAAGUGGAAGAAAAAGGCCUGUCGCUUCUCGCUUCAAUCAUACUUUCUCAAGACAAACAACAAACUACUGGUUCAUCUGGACUCUCAAUGGACUUGGCGUAGUCUUUAGUCUCGGAAUCAGUUUAGUCGUUGCGUACUUUUUCUUGAAAUACUUUCAAUUUCUUGCACAUGGAGGCCCACAACCACCGAAAAAGGGCAAAUCACCAUUCGAUGGUUAUCAGCCUGCGCAGCAAAAUCUUGGUAUGCCAGUUGGUGCUUGGUCCGAUGCCAGCAAUAUGGGAAAUGUAUUUAAUGGUGCCAUGAGAUCAUGA